GAAAAUAUUAAUUUAUAUAAUAUUUAGGUUUAUUAUUGUAUGAAAGGCAGCCAUUUUUAAGUGAAUAGAUGAACAAAACCACAUUGUUAAAAGUGUAUUUCAAAUCGUACAUGUACAUUUUGUUCGGACAUGCUGAUUUACAAAUGUUCAUGGCCUGGUGUCGCUGCUUUUACACAUUGUGUGCAAAAACAGAAAGCAAUGGAUUUAUUUUCUUUUAAAUAUCAGUGUUGGUUGUUUUGGAUUAAAAACUUGAAAAGUGACAGUUAUAGUUUGAAUGGAACUUGAAAUGAAUGUUUAAAGAACACUUUUUAAACAGUAUUAAAAAGAUGGAAGAGUUACCUCAACAGAACCCACAAGAAUCAAGAGACAUAACUUUUAAAGAGGACAGCAUGCAGAAGUUAACACCAGAACAAAUUUCAACCAGCUCUGCUAGAGGUAGUAAUAUAAUUACAAAUGAGGAGAGCAAUGAAUGCCAUGUAUGCCUCUUAUCAAAGCUUGAUAAGGAGACUGAAGGGAUGGAACUUGGGGAUGAGAAAGUAAAUUCUAGCAGAGAAUCAUAUCACUGUGGUGUCUGUUCUCAAACGUUCUGUACAAUAUGCCGUCUACACAACCAUCUGACAACUUACCAUCUGUUCAAUGGAUCUUAUCAUUAUGAUAAUUUUAUACAAACUGCUUUUCCAAAGUACGAAAGUCUCUGUCAGUUUACUCAGACUGAAGGUUUGGAUUUUAAUCGUGAGGGAGAAUUUGACAUUGCUGAAAGGAAUAGAACUGAUCCAGAUAUUAAGCAGAAAUAUGGUGAAGUUAAGAAGGCUAUUGGAGAGAAGAAAGAAUGUAAUGAGCCUAUUACAACGAAUAAAAUGUUUGAAAAUGUUGGUUCUGUUGAAACCAUUUGGAGGGAUGUUAAAGUGGAACCAGCAGAGUUUGCUGAAAACAAAGAAACUGCUAAACUAGAUGAAAAUGAUGGUUAUUAUUCUGACCGUACUGAUGAUUAUUUUGAAAAUGAAGAAGAUAUGCUAACUGAUUUAGAAAUUGAAAAUCAUCACAACUAUCCUAGUUGGAAAGACAGAAAAGCAGUUACAUCACUAAACAACAGCUCUGGAAAAGGCUGUGCAGUUAAAACUACCAAAACCUGUAAUAAUAAAAGGAAAUCCAAAAAUGAUAGUUUAAUUCAUGGUCAGAAAAAUGAUGAACCAGUAUUAUUAAAUGAAAAGAAUUUUACAAAUAUUGAUGCAAACACUUCUGUUCAGAAAAAGUUUGGUGCCAAAGAUAGUUCAGUGAAAAAUGCUAAGCAAAAAUGUGGCAAGAAAAGUAAGAUUGCUAAACUUUCAAAUUUAACAGAACAAGAAAACUCAAAAGACUGGUAUCAGGAAUACAAACAUGUUGAUAAUUUAGAAAGCAAUAAAUUGAUAAGAACUUUAAAAGCAACAAAUGGAAACCAAUCAAAUGACAAACUUGUUGGAGAUAAUUUUUCAAAAAAUACAGACAAAAAUGAAGGCAAUAAGUGUGAUGUUUGUGGAGCAAUGUUUACAGUUAAGCAGGGUCUUCUAAGACAUGAGCAACUGAAACAUAAAGACCUGAUGAAUUUUAAUUGUAAACAGUGUGAUAAGAAAUUCAUGCGAAACUUUAAUCUACAAAAACAUAUUAUACGUGUCCAUGGUGGGAAAAAAAGUAAUGAGCAUAAAUUUAUAAUAGAAAUAGAAGGAACAUGUGAAGAGGACUUUGGGUCAAAUUCUUUAGAAUUGUCUUCAGAUCAGGUGCAUUCUGGGACACCUAAUGUAAAGGAUGACCAAGAAGGAGUUCAAAGUGAAGAAAUAAUUGUCACUGAUGGAGUAAAAACACCCCGCAGAAAGCGGAGGACAAACGAAGAAAUGAAGUCAUUAAAGACACCACACACAUGUGACCUCUGUGGCCAUACAAUGCCAAGAUCUAAAAUGGAUGUCCAUCAAAGACUUCACACAGGGGAACGCCCAUUUAUCUGUACUAUUUGUGGAAAAGGACUUAUAAGCCAGAAUAAACUCAGUCGUCACAUGUUGAUCCAUGGAGAAGUUAAACGUCAUACUUGUGAAAUAUGUGGUGCUGGCUUUCACAUGAAGUAUAAAUUGCGAAUGCAUAUGCACAUACACACAGGUAAGAAGCCAUACCUAUGUUCUAUAUGUGGUGCGGAGUUCAAUCACAGUGCUAAUCUUGCCACACACACGAGAUGUGUCCAUCUGCAGGUCAAACCAUACGUAUGUAAUAUCUGCGGUGGGAAGUAUUCUAAGAGGUCACAGUUAGACGAUCAUGUGCUUAGUCACUCCACAGAACGCCAAUUUACUUGCCGAUAUUGUGGAAAGUCAUUUAAAUACUUUAAAGGCAUGAGGCGUCAUGAGAAGAGUCACAACGAGGAAGAAUCUUUUAUCUGUAAUCAGUGUGGGCUUAAAUUUUCACGGAAAGAAAAUCUUGACAGGCAUAAAAUCAGUCAUGGAGUGGCAAGCUUUCAGUGUAAAACAUGUAAAAAAGUUCUUAAAGAUGGCCGAGCUUUACAAGAGCACGAGUUCACACAUCUUGUUGCUAAGGGAUGCAAAUGUUCCGUUUGUGGAGAAAUGUUUUACAGUUCAAACAAGUAUUUCACACAUCUGUUUGUUAUGCAUAACAUACAAAAACAGGAUGCUCAGUUGAUGAUCAUCGAUGAGAAGUUACAGAGAGAUAACAAACAAGCUGAUGUCCGUCCAAAUGUGCCUUUAUCAUCCAACUCAGGGAUAACUAGUAUUGUAACAGCGGAUCGGCCAGUCGCAUCGUUAGAUGGGAUCCUUGAUAAUGCCAGUAAGGACACUAUGAGUGUCUUGACACGGGUUGCAACAGAAAAUCUGCGGCUACAUUCUCAAGAUGUCCAGGCAGAAGAGAAAGGGAAUACAAUUAUUCCCCCUUUGAAUCCUAUGAUUCUUUAUGAGAAAAAUAGAAUUACCUCCCUUGAUAAUACAGUAGGUGCUAAUGGUGGGUUCAGUGUACAGCACAAAGUCCUUGGUAACACUGUGGCAGACACUUUGAGUUUUCCCGAUCAUGCAUAUGGUCAGUCAGUGAAACAGCAAGUUGAAAGUCAUGGCGAUCCCCAUGGUAACAUAAACAUGACACUUUCAGAUAGCUCUGCACAACAUCAGGGUUUAAAUGAAAAUGUUCUUGGUUUUGUGACUAGUAAUGCACUAACUAGUAUUAAUAAUCUUACCUCGUACAUGGGUCAGCGCCAGACAUCUCUAACGGCACUGACAAAUUUGACGACUGGGCUUCACCAGGAUGAACAUAGUGCUAUUGAGAGUUUACGGCGACUUCAAGACAAUGCUGUGGCUCCAGUGUCGCUCAUACCCGCUACUGAGGGUAUGGUUGCCAACCAGGGGCAACGAAAUGUGGGGAUGCCGUCGACAGGGACUAUUGAAGGCAAUGUCCAGUCUGACUAUAGGAUACAGAAUCUCUAUUGAACUUUGUGUUGAUUGGCAACUAUAGAUUGGGUACUGGUAAUAUUUUGUGAUAGAUUUACUUUGCAACAUGUGUGAAUAUUAACAAGCAUCAUGUUUUGUAAUAUACUGUAAAAGCACAUAUUUGGCUGGGUCAAAAUUUUGUGAUUUUUAAAUUUUAAGUAUGUUCACACGGUUUAACAUACACAAAAUUGUAAAAAUGUUAUCCUGCUUAAAUUAUGAGUUAUUUAUACUAUAAAUAAUGAAUAUUUAUGUGAGGAUUAAUUUUCGCGAGAUGUAGAGCCUUGCGAAUAUAGCAAAAAUUAAACCCUCGCAAAAAUUUCUGCUUUUACAGUAACCCGCUCCAAAUAAUGAAUUUUUAACAAUAAGACUUUUAUGUUGAAAUAAAAGCAAUGCAAAUAUACCUUAUCUAUAGUAGCCAAUGAUAUCUACACCAUUUAUUAACCUUUAGCUCACCUGAAAACUGUUUACUUUAGAUGAGUUGUUGUGAUCACAUUGUGUCCGUUGUCCUGCAUUGUCAGUCAUAAACAAUUUGACUGCUUACACUAGAGGUCUCAGUUUUGGCUCAGUCUUCACGAAACAGUCAGAAUUUUUGUCUUAAUAAAAUAUCAGACAAGCUUGAUACUUAGUCAUUUAGUGUUAAAACUAUUUCAGUUGAAAAAUCUUGUUAACACAAGAGGAGUCACCUUUGGUUCAGGGUGAGCUUUUAGUUUAGGUGCAUGGUUCUGUGUCUAUCAUACAUCAUCCAAAAUUGUUCAUUAACACUGACAAUUUUGGUUGAAACUUGGUCAGAAUGUUGACCUUUGGGAAGUCUUGGAAGAGUUUGAAACCUUGUCAUUUUGUGUUAAAAAACCUGGUCACAAGGUUAAAUUUUAGGAAAACCUGGUCAAAGGUAAUAUUUUCUACCAGACUAACAUGAAAUUGAUCAAUCUGGGUUAUACACUAUGUCAUUAGGUUGAAUAAUACCAGAAUAUUGUUCACACUCCUCAGAGGCCAGUGGCUGACCGAUCUUUAUGGAACUUGGUCAGAACAUUUGUCUUUAUUGAACUCUUGUUAAAGUUUGAAGCUGUCCUUAGGUUAAAGAUAGGUCAAAUGAUAGAGAAACAUUGUAAACUCUCCAGAGGGCAUACUUUCUACAUGAUGUUUUUGAAACCUAACCACAAUGUUUUUCUUUAUAAAGUCUACAGUAGGUCAGAUUUGAAAUUGAACUUCUGGUUGUCUGGGGUAAAAAAAAUAGCUCUCUAGUUUAGAUGAUAGAAAAAAUGCCUGCUUAGCUCAUUAGACUGAGCAACUAUCUAUGUAUUGCGGAAUCGUAAGUUUGAUCCUCUGGCGGGCCAUAUGUUCUCUGUGACGAUUUGAUAAAAGACAUUUUGUCUGAAAUCAUUCGUUCUCCAUCUCUGAUUCAUGUGGGGAAGUUGACAGUUACUUGCGGGGAACAGGUUUGUACUGGUACAGAAUCCAGGAACACUGGUUAGGUUAACUGCCUGGCGUUACAUAACUGAAAUACUGUUGAGAAACGGUGUUAAACCCAUAACAAACAAACAAAAGAAAAACAGUGUGAACUCUCUGUCAACAGUCUAGAUGGCAUAAUUUUUAUCUGACCUGUUUGGAACCUAGGUAGGGUUAGGAUUUUUUUUACUUGACAUAUAUUCAAAGUGAACAGUUUAGGGCCAUCAUGUUUCUCUGAUUUACUUCCAAAAAUUUUGUCAGAACAUGUGUCUUAAUGAAGACUAAGUCACGCUUGUUACUGGGUUGUUGUUAUAAGGUAAAAAGAGGUCACUAGAUCAAGUCAUAGAAAAUCUCACCUUAGAGACCACAUUUUCUGCCUUAUGUUCAUAAUUUUUUGUGAGGGUUUUGAAUGUAAAAAGAUUUUAUCAGGAACUUUGUACUGAAUGCUGUCAAGCUUCAUAUGUUUUCAGUGACCAUUCAGAGCCAGGUUCAAUUUUUUUUUUCUUUUUUUUUUUUUGGCAUUUGAGAUGACCUGGUAGAGCAGGCUUCAUAACUUUAGCUUACAUUUUGUCAAAAUUAUGCUCCUCUGUAACACAGAAAUUUUAUGGAAGUUUUGAAUGUAAGCAAAGUUGGGAAAUCACUCCAGUAAUAACUUUAGUUUCUUCAAAAAUGCCCUGUUUCACGAUCAAGCAUUAUAAUAGUCUAGUGCAUUACCUUCCCCUGCAGCCCUAAUAUAAUGUUUGUGAUAAAAAUCUGUUGAAAUCAAAAAGUAUUUAAGUGGCAUUUUUAACUCGUCUGAUUUUUUAGGAAAAAAAAGAUGAGUUGUUGUCAUAACUUGAUCAGCGUCGGCAUUACCCGGUUAAGUUUUAUGUUUAGGUCAGCUUUUCUCCUAAACUAUCAAAGCUAUUGCUUUAAAACUUGCAACCUUGUUCAUCAUCGAAAGCUGACUCUGUACAGCAAGAAACAUAACUCCAUUCUGGUUUUUGCAAGAAUUAUGGCCCCUUUUGGACUUAGAAUAUCAGAUUUCUUGGUUAAGUUUUAUGUUUAGGUCAGCUUUUCUCCUAAACUAUCAAAGCUAUUGCUUUAAAACUUGCAACACUUGUUCAUCAUCGAAAGCUGACUCUGUACAGCAAGAAACAUAACUCCAUCCUGCUUUUGGACUUAGAAAAUAUCAGAUUUCUCAGUUAAGUUUUGCGUUUAGGUCAACUUCUCUCCAUUACGGUCAAAGCUAUUGCUUUAAAACUUGGAGCAAUUAUUCACCAUUAAAAGCUGACACUGCACAGCAAGUAAUGUAACUCUGAAUUGCUCUUUGCAAGAAUUACCGGUAUGGCCCCUUUUGGACUUAGAAAAUCAUAGGUAGGUCAAUAUUUCUGUUGUACGGAGACAAAAAAAUUAGAUGAGUGUCUGCACCCACAAGGCGGUGCUCUUGUUCUACUUUAUGGUGUAUAGUACUGUACUUGUUUAUUAGCUCACCUGUCACAAAGUGACAAGGUGAGCUUUUGUGAUCGCGCGGUGUCCGUCGUCCGUCGUCCGUCCGUCCGUCCGUCCGUAAACUUUUGCUUGUGACCACUCUAGAGGUCACAUUUUUCAUGGGAUCUGUAUGAAAGUUGGUCAGAAUGUUCAUCUUGAUGAUAUCUAGGUCAAGUUCGAAACUGGGUCACGUGCCAUCAAAAACUAGGUCAGUAGGUCUAAAAAUAGAAAAACCUUGUGACCUCUCUAGAGGCCAUAUAUUUCACAAGACCUUCAUGAAAAUUGGUCAGAAUGUUCACCUUGAUGAUAUCUAGGUCAGGUUCGAAACUGGGUCACGUGCCAACAAAAACUAGGUCAGUAGGUCUAAAAAUAGAAAAACCUUGUGACCUCUCUAGAGGCCAUAUUUUUCAUGAGAUCUUCAUGAAUAUUGGUCAGAAGGUUUACCUUGAUGAUAUCUAGGUCAAGUUCGAAACUGGGUCACGUAGGGUCAAAAACUAGGUCAUUAGGUAUUAAAAUAGAAAAACCUUGUGUCCUCUCUAGAGGCCAUAUUUCUCAAUGCAUCUUCAUGAAAAUUGGUCAGAAUGUUCAUCUUGAUGAUAUCUAGGUCAAGUUCGAAACUGGGUCACGUGGGGUUAAAAACUAGGUCAGUAGAUCUAAAAAUAGAAAAACCUCGUGACCUCUCUAGAGGCCAUAUUUUUCAUGAGAUCUUCAUGAAUAUUGGUCAGAAUGUUCACCUUGAUGAUAUCUAGGUCAAGUUCGAAACUGGGUCAUGUGGGGUCAAAAACUAGGUCAGUAGAUCUAAAAAUAGAAAAACCUUGUGACCUCUCUAGCGGCCAUAUUUCUCAAUGGAUUUUCAUGAAAAUUGGUCAGAAUGUUCACCUUGAUGAUAUCUAGGUCAAGUUCGAAACUGGGUCAUGUGCGGUCAAAAACUAGGUCAGUAGGUCUAAAAAUAGGAAAACCUUGUAACCUCUCUAGAGGCAAUAUUUUUCAAUGGAUCUUCAUGAAAAUUGGUCAGAAUGUUUACCUUGAAGAUAUCUAGGUCAGGUUCGAAACUGGGUCACGUGGGGUUAAAAACUAGGUCAGUAGAUCUAAAAAUAGGAAAACCUUGUGACCUCUCUAGAGGCCAUAUUUUUCAUGAGAUCUUCAUGAAUAUUGGUCAGAAUGUUCAUCUUGAUGAUAUCUAAAUCAGAUUCGAAACUGGGUCACGUGGGGUCAAAAACUAGGUCAGUAGGUUUAAAAAUAGAAAAAACCUUGUGACCUCUCUAGAGGCCAUAUUUCUCAAUGGAUCUUCAUGAAGAUUGGUGAGAAUGUUCAGCUUGAUGAUAUCUAGGUCAGGUUCGUAACUGGGUCAUGUGCGGUCAAAAACUAGGUCAGUAGGUCGAAAAAUAAAAAAACCUCUAGAGGCCAUAUUUUUCACGAGAUCUUCAUGAAAAUUGGUCAGAAUGUGCACCUUGAUGAUAUCUAGGUCAAGUUUAAAAGUGGGUCACGUGCCUUCAAAAACUAGGUCAUUAGGUCAAAUAAUAGAAAAACCUUGUGACCUCUCUAGAGGUCAUAUUUUUCAAUGGAUCUUCAUGAAAAUUGGUCAGAAUUUUUUAUCUUGAUGAUAUCUAGGUCACAUGUGCUCAAAAACUAGGUCACUGUGUCAAAUAAUAGAAAUAACGAUGUCAUACUCAGUUGAACACUGGGUCAUGUGGAGAUAGGUGAGCGAUUCAGGACCAUCAUGGUCCUCUUGUUAUUUUUUUGUAAACAUAUAUUUUUAUUUUUUAUUGAUUGUGGUACUAUGUACUUUAUAUUGUUAUAUUAUGUAUGGUCAUAUGUCAUGGAUUUUUCUUGCAGUUAGAGUGCUAGAGUUAUACUGCUUGAAAUGACGCAUUUUAAAAUUGAAGAUUUUUUUUACUGAAAGUUACUAUAUAUUAUAAAUGUAGUUUUAUUUCAUAAUUGUGGUCUUAGAAUAUAAUGAUAUAUGUCUAGAAGCAAAGUAAGAUUACCAUAGAAUAAUACCUCAGUUUUCCUUGAUUUGUAAAAGUGAAAUACCUUAGUUUUCCCUGAUUUGUAAACGUGAAAUACCUUAGUUUUCCUUGAUUUGUAAACAUGAAAUACCUUAGUUUUCCUUGAUUUGUAAACGUUAAAUACCAGGUAAUACUAAUUUUUUUCAUUGUGAGAUUAUUUUUGCAUUUCAUCUCUUAGUCUGUCGGACAGACUCUGUCCUAUAUAGUUAUUAAUUGAAUUUGAGCAAUGAAAAUAUUUCAGAAUUACAAUUUUACUAUAAAAUGAUUGUUAUUAAGAAUAUUUUAAAUUUUUUAAUUAGACACAUAAUGAAACUGACUUAAAAUAAUAUACAUGUACUCGGCAUUGGUAUUUAGGACAUAUAUAAGCUGCAACAUCAUUAAAAGACUUAACUGAUCCUACACCAGGCAUUACAGAAAAACACAUAUUGUCAGGGUGAUAUCAACAUGUUAAUUAACAUGACUGUGUUUUCAUAACAGUCUUCUUAAUUAAGAAAUAAUAAGUUCCCAAGUGUGGUUUAUCGUAGAAUAUCGCGUGUUUUGAGUUCUUAUGCGUAAAAAUAUAUCAUGAAGGCCAUAGGCUUGAGUGAUAUGUUGUUUUGCGUAAGGACGAAAAAUUCUGGUUAUAUACGAUAAAUCACACUUGGAAACUUGUUAUUUCGAUUCUAACACGACAUACUAGCAUCAACAGUGUUAGAAAAAAUGGUAACUACAUGUACUUUUUACCACCGUGCUACGCACCUGGAUCGGAUGACAUUAUUGCACGCGCGUGGGUUAUUGCAGAAUAACCUGAGAUAGAUUUUGCUCUACAUGUAUGUAGGUUAUUUGCUGGUCUUUUUAGAAUACUUUAUUAUAGUUUAAAGUUCUGUCAUAAUUUUCCUUAUAUCCCAGGCCAGUUACAUUAUCACUGUUAACUAUACUAAAUAAUAUAUACUUUAUAUCCAGCCGUUCAUGACUUUUGUAGUUUUGGCUUGAAAUGGCAUUAGUGCGAGUGGUUACUGUGGGACUGCAAAUAUUGCUGUCAUUCUUCACUAAGCACCUCACAAAGCAGAUUGUUAUACUUUUGUUGCCCUCAGAAAUAGGCAUUUAGUAAUUGCAUUGUCUGUUAGUUUGUUAGUUUAUUUAUUAUUAUUAUUAAAAAGACACUAUGCACUGUUUAAUUGAAUUUGCUUUCUUCAUGAGCUAUUUCCGCAUUCUUCAGAGCUAUUUCCGCAUUCUUCAGGUAUAGCUCGUGUGGGUGUUCGGGUUUAAUGCCUUUUUCAACAAUUUUUCUGUCAUAUAAAAGAAGGUGUCUACUUGUAGCAGUGAACACAAUGCCCAAUUUCUAUCAGUACCAUUUAUGUCUUCGGUAUGACGUGGCCAGGGAUCGAACUCAGGACCUCCCACACUCGAAGCGGACACUAGACUACUGAGGCAGUUCAGGUAUAGCUUCAAACAGAAUGAAAUAACAACCAGUGAAUGUGGAAAUUGCAAACACAGAAUACUUGAUGGAUUGAAAAACUCCUUAGUCAUAACAGAUCCAUUACUUUAAUGAUUUAAACAGAUUUCAAUCAAAUUUUAUAUAAAUUUGUGUGAUAUACUGGAGUCAGGUGUAUGUACCUCCAAAGUCAAGGUCAUAGACAGAGACUUUAACCCUAACCAAAAACUAUCACAACAGGCAAGAGUACUUCAUGUAUGUAACGUCCAUCAGCUGUUGUUAUUGUAAGUGCUUUUCUUCUGAAUUGUUCAUUUGAAGGCUUAAAAUCUACACUAAAAAGUUUGUUUCAGCCCUUUGCAAAACCACAAAUUUAUAUUUGCAAAGAAAAGAAAGUUUUGAUACAGACCAUUAUAUGUAUACCAUAUCAGAACUUUGUGUUAUUUUUUUUUUUUUUUUUUUUUUGACCUUUAGGUCUACAUGUAUUCAGUUUUAGUAUUGAUCAUAGAGUACCAUUUAGGCCAUGAGGUGCAUAAGGGGUGAAGGGGUGUUGCACAUUUAACUACCUUUCAUGAACAGACUCAAUCAAAACAAGUAUUUCGUAGGUUUCUUUUUGCGUUGCAAAGGAUUUUUUUUUAUAGAUUUUAUGUAAGUAAAGUAUUGUAAAUAGAAUUGUAUGCAAGUAUUUAUUUUGAGACUACCUAAUAGGCAUACUUUUCUCGUCAUCUGACAGAAAGUAAUGUUACUUUGUAAUUUUCAGUUUUAGUCAUUGUCACUGUCAAAUAAAUGAGCUGUGCCAUGAGAAAACCAACAUAGUGCAUUUGUGAGCAGCAUGGAUCAAGACCAGCCUGCACAUCUGCACAGUCUGGCCAGGAUCCAUGCUGUUCGCUAAUGGUUUCUCUAAUUGCAUAAGGCUUUGAAAGCAACCAGCAUGGAUCCUGACCAAUCUGCGCGGAUGCUAUGUUGGUUUUCUCAUGGUGCGGCUCAUAUGAGUUUAUAUUUUGGUUAUGUAUGCCUUUUUAGUUGAGAUUAUACAAGUUAAGCAAUAUACAUUUUUGUUUCAUUUUUCGGGUAUUUAUGUGUGAAAUUAGAAUAAUUUUAUAGUUCAGUAUGCAUUGUUUUGUAUUAUGUUAUCGAUUGCUUUUUAUUAAGUAUUAGCAUUUAACUAUAUACAUUUUUAUCUAACAACAUCAAAUAUUUUGAUGCAAGUGUGCUAUAAUAAUGUAUGAAACAAAAAAUCU